UAAUAUAUAUAUGAUUUAUAUUAUUUCUAUAUUAUUUCAUGGUGCGCAGAAGAAAUAAUAAAGUGCAGCUGCAAGCUGCAAAGAGCAGAUCAAAUAUAUAAACGUACUGUGAACAUAAGAUAAUUCGUGUCGAGCUUAAAAUUAAUACAAUAGCAAACGAUAAAACAUUUUAGAAUAUAUUUCUAAAUAUUUGUGUUUUAUGCUUUUUGUGCUGGUGGCUUCUCGAUCGUUCGAACUUACAGAGCUUCGUAAUGUUUGAUGUUUGAGGUUACAUUGUUUUGUAAACAAAUCAUAUUUAAAGCGUGAAAUAUUCCGCUCGAAUUAUCUUAGAGCUGUUUCUACGUUUUAUACAUUGACAUCUUUUGAUUUGAGAAGGCAUAAAAUGCCUUUGCCAGCUGCCUUGGCUGCUCGUCUUGCAAAAAGGGGAUUGAUUUCUGGCUCUGAAAAACAUGAAUCCGGAAGAAAAGAGACGAAAAAGAAGGUGCAUGAAGAAGUAAUAGCCGAAGAUUAUGACAAUGCAAAAGAAGAAAUUAAUCAAAUUGAUAUAUCACAGAAAUUUAUGGGUUACAGUGGAUGUCCCAAUAAAUAUAACAUUUAUCACGAAUGUACAAAAAAAUGUAAAGAAUUGUGGGGACUAGGACAUGUACAACCUUCAGAUAAGUAUUUAAAACGACAAAUGAAAUUAAUUCAAAAAUAUCCUUUACCCGAGACUUGGAAGGCAGUUUAUGAUCCUGGAUGCGGACAACACUACUAUUGGGAUUGGUCAUCUGAUUUGGUAUCUUGGUUGCCACCUGGUCAUCCAAAGUGUCAGAUAUCACAACCUGCAUCUCAAUUACGUGAAGAAUUACAUUUAAAAGCAGGUGAUCAAGAUGAUAACAUGUCAAGUGAUGAUAGUGUUAGUGACCAAGAACAAAUAGAACGAAUGGAAGUAGAUGAAAUUGACGUAAGGAAAGAUAGGAAGACUGAAAAUCGUACAAGAUAUAAAGGACCAGAUAAUAAAAGAGUUCAAAGAUCUGAUAGAAGUGAUGGUAAAGACAAAAAAGAUCGUACAUUGGAUCCUAUGGAUCCAGCAUCGUAUAGCGACAUUCCCAGAGGAAAAUGGUCAGAUGGAUUGGCUAGGCAUAAUGAGGCCAAGACUGGUGCCGAUACAACCGCAUCAGGGCCUCUUUAUCAAAUGAGGCCAUAUCCCAGUCCAGGCGCUGUGUUGCGUUCAAAUAGAACUAAUAAAACAGAAUCAGACUCAAACAAACCCAAAGUCGCGUUUCCCGAGAAACCGGAAUAAAUACAUAACUAUGACUCUUA